CUCUGGAUGGUGGGAGACGAGGGAUGCUCACAAAAAGACCCAUGCAAAGCUUACGAGGAACUGCUCCUAUGGCGGCGCACAUCUAUAUAUAUACGCGUCCCGUUCCCUCGCCGUUCGAGUAUUCGAGGAAUUGUCCAACCCCACUCCGAGGAGGCGGAGAGAACGUGCGCUUCGAGGUGGCUAACUUUACACGAGACUCGGCCGGCAAGUUCAUCCAUCCCGACGGCGGAGAUGGCGGCGGCGACGAGGUGGUAGUGCCGUCGGCGGUGGCAACGAGCAUGACAUCGUCGUUCGAGGAGUACGAGAUGGGGGUGAUGGUGUCAGCGCUGGCGCACGUGCUCGCGGGAGACCGUGGCACCGAUGCGGCGACUGAUAUAUCUGAGUCAACCUCGUGCAUGUUUCCGACGUCCUCGCCACCGUCGUGGGGCGAUCGGGGCGGGCAAAAGAGGGGGAGCGACGACUUCAAGCUUGAGGAGGUGGCCAAGCUCCGCAGAACUGUCGGGGAGUUCGGGGAGUCAUCAUCGACUCCGGCAGCAACGGAACAAACUGCAUCAGCAGCAGCUGCUGCCGCAACAGAUGCGGCUACCCGUUCGACCACCGGAGGAACAGAGCAAGCAGGAGCGAGAAGAAGAUACAGAGGAGUGCGGCAACGCCCGUGGGGCAAGUGGGCGGCGGAGAUAAGAGACCCCCACAAGGCCGCCCGCGUCUGGCUCGGCACUUUCAACACCGCCGAGGCGGCCGCCCGGGCCUACGACGAGGCCGCCCUCCGCUUCCGAGGAAGCCGAGCCAAGCUCAACUUCCCGGACGAGGCCCGCCAUCGGCAAGCGCCGCCGGUCGUUCCGUCCGUCCGGGCGCCGAACUCCGCCGCUCCCGCAGUGCCGCUGGAGUCCCUCCCGUUCGUCGGUCACGGAGCCACAGCUGUCGCCGCCGCUGCGAGUGACUCCUUGGCCUACGCGAGGCUGCUGCAAGGCGCAGGGGAGUACCAGACGAUGCCUCCCGCUUCUCUCUUGGAUCCAAUGAUGUAUUCCACGGCUUCUGCUGCUUCCUUGGCCUCCUCCCAUUCAUUGCCUUCAUCUAAUCCAUCCCCGUUUGCAGUUCCUCCUCCUCCUCCUCCACCAUUUCCUCCUCUGUUCUAUUCUCCAGAAAUGUCGCAACAGAUCGACUUCUUCCAACCUCCACCAUGGACGGAAUCCAGCCGCGAUCCGCCAUCUUCGUCGGGUUAACACCACACUCAUGGAGCUCGACAGAACCUUCCUUCCUCUGUUCAGUUCAGUCCUCCUUUUGUUCUUUAGGAUUCACACACGAUCUAUACAGAUUUAGUUAUAUUUGUUUCUUAUUUUGCUCCCAUUUCUGUUGCUGUCUUCGUCGUUAGAAAUUGAAAUGAAAAGAAGAUUGAUUCUUCUUCGAUA